AUGAAACCCUACUUUUUGGAACUGAAACUCAAAGACACUGAAACACUAGACUGGAAGAAAGGUCUAACGGCGUAUUUGCGGAGGUCGUACGGAUCAGGACAAUGGUCACAAUUUUACGACGAAGAUUUGACAGCUGAGCUAGAUCAAUUGAGACAUAAUGCGAAUGGAGAAUUGGCUCCGGAAUCCUUACUGAAUCAGAAUCUGUUGUAUUAUGCCUAUUUAGAGCAUCUACAUUUGAGGUUAGGUAAAAAUAGUGGACAGCUGAAACUCGAUUUCACCUGGUAUGACGCAGAAUAUGGCGUUCAAAGCAAGGCUAAAAAGUAUUCACAACGAACACUGGCUCUCGAAAAAUCUAGCACAUUGUACAACAUCGGUGUCUUAUAUUCUCAGGUGGCGAAGGAAAAAGUUAGCGAUGACUACAGCAAAGCAAUUGAGUGUAUUUCGAAGGCAACUGCUUGUUUUGAAUUUUUAUCAGAAAAUUUUUUAAACUCUCCAUCCGUUGACUUGUUUUCUGAUAAUACCAAGUUUCUACAGAAGGUGAGUCACGCUGAGGGGGUGGAACUCUUUGUCAUUAAGCUACUCAAUGGUGGAGAUCCAUUGAAACAAGCCUCGUUAAUCAGCAAAUUGGCACACUCUGCAGCUCGCUUGUAUGAAGAUUGUGAUGGGUUUUACAAAAACGGCGAUACUUCCACAGGUACUACUGCUUACGGAGAAGUUAAAUGGCGCUAUAUUAUUAAUUGCAAAUAUUAUUACUAUAAGGCAGUGGCAUCUUAUUAUCAUGCUGUCAUGCUGGAGCAGCAAAGUAAAAUAGGCGAGGCAAUCGCUUUUUUGAAGUUAGCCAACUCAUCAUUACUACAAUGUUUACCUAAUAAGAUUUACCUCAAAGAGUAUAUCGAUUUCCAGGGUUUCAAAGAUCAGAUAGAUGAAAAAGAGAAGCAGGAAAUCAAGGAUAAUGACUACAUUUAUCAUGAAGCAAUUCCUCCGGCUGUACAGUUGGAGGUUAUUAAGCCUAUGAAUGCGAUAAAGCCUGUUCCUUGGCUAACUUCAAUAGAUCCUUAUCUUAAAGAGGCCUCGAAUAAAUGUAAAAUGCUAUACAAAGGGAUAGUCCCAAUGGAAAUCUAUGAGAAGGAAAGUAUAUACUCGGAAGAAAAGGCGAUGUUUAUUAGGCAUCAAAUGGACAUUAACGAAACUGCCAACUGGGAAUACAGCUCCUUCAUAGAGUUUUCCAAUUUGCCAAAGCUUAUUGUCGACUUGGAAAAAAGAUUGAGGAAUGGUUUAAAACCGUCGGAUGAUCCAGAAGUUGAACACAUGAAAGAAAAUGUUGCUAUUUGGGCCAAUACUGUUCAAAGUAGUAUCUUCAAAAAUUUAGACGAACAAAUGAAAAUUAUUGUAGAUAAGAGGCAAAAUAUCUUGAGUAUAUUAUCGAAAUUGCCGCCAACAGAAAGAGAUAAUGCUUUAAAAUUGAAAGCAACUUUACUUGAGGCAUCUCAAUCGGACGAAAAAUUAUUUUCAUUAGUUCGACCUUACACUGAAGAGAUCAAGUUACUGAAUAAUGGUUCCUUAUUAUGGCAAACUUUCAAUAGUUUCACGAAAGAUGCGGAAAAUCAACCAAGUUUACUAGAUUUGGAUGAUUCGAAGUCUGAAAACGUUGCCCAACAGCUAAGAGUUUUGAAGCAAAAAGCGGAAGAUUUACGAUUACUGAAGGAGGAACGUGCUCGAAAUUUAGAGGAGCUCAAAGAUGAAUCAAGUAAAGACGACAUUACAAACGUAUUGCUAGUCAACAAUGGCAAAUCUGAUAUCGAAAUUGAGUCUGUUUUCGAAUCGGAGCUGGAAAAGUUCAAGCCUUUUAGUACGAGGAUAGAGGCUGCAAUCUUCAAACAGACAGCGUCGAUUCUUGAAAUAAAGAAACAAAUCGAUGAGAUUUUUCAGCUAUGUGGCAUCCAAGAUAAAUCUGAGGGUGAAUUGAAGCUUGCAAAAUCCCGUAAAAGGUUUGUUGGACGGCUUCAGGAAGCUAUUUCUAAUUUCAACUUAUUUUGCUCUGAUUUCCCGAAAGGACUGGCCUUCUAUGACUCUUUACUGAACAUGAGUCGAGAUCUUUGUUCGAGAGCCAGCAGAGAAGUUUUUGGAAGUAGGGAAGGUACACCUCCUUUGCUGCCACCGCAGUAUUCUCAUGUCACAACCCAAUUAGGGGAAUUGAGCAUAUCCCAGAGUGCUGUUUCACCCCCUGUUGUGCCCCCGAGGACUUAUGGUGGUACUAUAUCGCAGAAUCCGACCGGCAGCUCUCUCACAAGCGGUCAUAACUCAGGAGGUCCACCUCCCGUACCGCCAAAAUAUGCCCGUAUGAACGCGAAUGAUCAAGGCUCCAGAAGCAACGAUUUUGAGAACGAAGAGCGUGAGCUCCAGAAAAAUCCUACAUCUUUCUACAGUAGGCCUUCUGUAUUUGACGAGAACCUUUAUUCUAAGUUCAGCUCUUGA